AAAUAACACACACACACACACACACACUAAUGGUUGCUGAUUUUAUGAUAGAAUAGCCUCCCUCCACAUAUUAUGCUCUUGCUACUUGACCUUCCUGUUGCAGUUCAAUAAGGAUAUUGAUGAGCAUGAGAUUUCACUCCUCUCAUACAAACAAAAAAUGGGCCGUACUAGUGCUUGUACUAGUCACCAUGUUUUGGUCAUACCAUUUCCAGCACAAGGCCAUGUGAACCCCCUCAUGCUUUUUUCUCACAAAUUAGCUCUACAAGGUUUCAAGGUCUCUUUUCUUAACACAGAUUUCAACCAUGAGCGAGUGUUGAGUGCAAUAGCUUUGAGUGAUAGUGGGAAGAGUUUCAUCGGCUCACAGAACAUUAGUUUGGUGUCAAUCCCAGAUGGAUUAGGUCCUGAGGAUGACAGAACUGAUAUGGCCUUAUUGUGUGAAGCAAUCUUGAAUACCAUGCCUGCAAAGCUGGAGGAGUUGCUAACAAACUUCAAUGCAUUAUCAGACGGUGAUGAUGAGAAGAAGAUCACAUGUGUGAUUGCAGAUGGAAAUAUGGGGUGGGCCAUGGAAGUUGCUAGGAAGAUGCGAAUAGGGGGAGCAGUCUUUUGGCCUGCUGCAGCUGCCACUUUUGUCAUGGUUCUCAACAUCCAAAGAAUGAUUGAUCAGGGGAUCAUCGAUUCUAAUGGAUUCCAAACCAACAAAAAACAGACACUUCAUCUCUCUCAGGGCUUCCCUGCUAUGGAUGCCUCAAACUUUCCAUGGUCUUGCAUCGGCGAUUCAACCUCACAGAAGAUUAUAUUCCACUAUAUAAAAAGAUUUGCAGAAGCUUCCAAGUUGGCAGACUGGUGGCUCUGCAACACAGUCUAUGAUGUGGAGCCUGCAGCCAUUUCAUUGUAUCCAAGAAUCCUCCCAAUAGGUCCAUUGUUAGCAAGUCAGAGCCUCGGAGAAUUAGGAGCACAGUUUUGGGCAGAAGACCAUUCCUGCCUGACCUGGCUCGAUAAACAGCAACCUUCCUCUGUCAUAUAUGUGUCAUUUGGGAGCUUGACAAUUCAUGAUGAGACCCAAUUCAAUGAGCUAGCACUUGGACUGGAGCUCACUGGCAGGCCAUUUCUCUGGGUUGUUCGUCCUGGAAUGAUCAAAUCACCAAGAAAUUCAAACCCAAAUAGGUUUCUAAAAUCUCGAGGUAAAAUAGUGAGUUGGGUGCCUCAGCAGAAGGUUCUGAGUCACCCUGCAAUUGCUUGUUUUGUUAGUCAUUGCGGUUGGAACUCAACCCUGGAAGGGUUGAGUAAUGGUUUGCCUUUCUUGUGCUGGCCUUAUUUUGCUGAUCAGUUUUUCAAUAUGAGCUACAUUUGUGAUAUAUGGAAAGUUGGAUUGGAAUUUGAACGAAACGAAAACGGGAUCAUAUCAAGUCAGGAAGUGAAGAAAAAGGUGGAACAAGUUCUUGGUGAUGAAAAUAUAAGAAAAAGAUCUUUACAACUCAAGGAAUUGGCCAUGAAAAAUAUAGCAGAAGAUGGUCAGUCUUCAAAGAAUUUGAACGACUUCAUCAAAUGGCUCAAGGCAUAGGGAAGGUCCCCCAUUCCUUUUCCCUCAUUAGCAUCCUAUUUCCUAUUUCCUAUUUCCUAUUUGGUCAUGUAUUUGAAAUUUCAAAACUGUUUUAAUGGUCCUUUUUAAGAGAACAAUUUGUCAAGUCUAUUAUAACUGGCUGAAUCCAAAAUAAAACCACAAAUAGAAUUGAAGUGUGGUUUUUGGUAGU